AGUUUCGAAGUCUCUCUGGUCUUUUUCUUUCAGGAAACGCAUCCUGUUCACAUCUGACUGCUGUGGCCGUCGCUCCGUUUGUUGCGGCCGGCUACGCCCUGAAGCUCACCAAAAACAGCCACAAAAAACAACCGUUUCCUCUUCGCUGAGAGAUAGGAGGAAAAAACUUCCUUGCAGCCGCGGGCCAGCUUUCCUGCCGCUCACAGCUCUCACACUGGGCGAGGAACAGGAGCCCUGCAGGUUUCCUUGGAAUACACACGAGCCUACCAGGGCGUCUGGGGGGGGGGGGAUCAGUGGUGCAUUUCACUUGGAGUUUGCCUUGGCUUGGGGCAUGAAAUCCGGCAGUCCUUCUGGGAUGUUCUGAAUUCCGGCGGCUGCAAAAGCAGUUUCGGAGCGGAGGCUGCCUCACUCAUACGCGAGCCUCAGCCUCUCCUUGCAGCGGUCCUCUGGAAGGCUGAGGUGCUGCUGGCAGCAUCCGCAAGGGAUUGCACCUCAGCUGCCCUAGGACGGCGCAGAAGUUUUGCAAAAUUUGGUCCCAGAAAGCAUGUGCCUCCCUGCCUUGCAGUUCUUCGCCAGCGUGGCUCUGCUCAAAGUGCAGGAAGGUGGAUAAGCCACUGCUUGAGACGACAGCAUUCUGGAAGCCUGGCUUGUGCACUUUUGAUGUGGAUUUUCCCUCUCUGCCUAACCGAUCUUUGUGCCAUCAGACGCAUCCAAGGAGUUGCCUUUGAGAAUGAACGGUGAUGUUCUCUAGCCAUCCAUAACCUCGUCCUGGGCCCACCUUCCAUCUGCGUCCCAAUUCAAUGUGCUGCAGCUGAUUAGGACUCUGGGGAUCUUUGACCACAAGACGCUGCCAGCUGUUGAUGACAGUCAGAUAUGACUGUCCAGAAACUGGUAGCCACAGCUGUCUUGGUAGCGCUGGUCUCCCUUAUUCUCAACAACGCCGCCGCCUUCACCCCCAACUGGGUGUACCAGACCUUGGAGGAUGGGCGAAAGCGCAGCGUGGGGCUGUGGAAGAUGUGCUGGCUGGCAGAGAAGGGAAGAGGAGGUGUGGGCACAGGUGCCAAGCAUGGGCAAGGGGCGGAGCGUGAAUGCGAGUCCUUGGGCUGGGGUGCCGAGCCAGCUGGGUUCCAGGAAUCCCGCAGUACGGUCAAACUGCAGUUUGACAUGAUGCGAGCCUGCAACAUGAUUGCCACCGUCGCUCUGACAGCCGGUCAGCUCCUCUUCAUGUUGGGGUUGGUGGAACUGCCCAUUAUUUCCCAGGAUACCCAGUGGUGGGAGGAAGCCAUAGCUGCUGUGUUCCAGCUAGCCAGUUUCGUUCUGGUCAUUGGGCUGGUGACCUUCUAUCGCAUCGGACCCUACACCAGUCUGUCCUGGUCCUGCUACCUGAACAUUGGGGCUUGCCUCCUGGCCACACUGGCCGCUGCCAUCCUCAUAUGGAACAUCCUUCACCGGCGGGAGGACUGCAUGGCACCCAGGGUCAUCGUGAUCAGCCGUACCCUGACUGCUCGCUUCCGACGUGGCCUGGAGAAUGACUAUGUUGAAUCGCCGUGUUGAGAGCAUGUGGCCGUGACAGGGGAGAUGCUCCCGAGAAGAAGACUUACAAAGGGAUAGCUUUUUAAAAAAACAUAUCAUGUAAUUUAAGCAUUGAAGAAAACCACAAAGAUCACUUUCCAACUAAAGAAGCCCGAUAUUAUUACUUGGAGGGGCUACAUUUAUAUACAUGUUUACACUAUACACCACCCCUCUCCUCUGAUGUACAGUGUAAAGCUAUUAAGAGUACAAUCGUCCUAGUGGAACUUCUGGAAAAGGACACGGACAUUCUUGGGACUUUGGCAGAUUCAUCGCAAAAUAGGUUUCUGUGGGGUAGAGAAACACGGAAAAGGCAAUACAAUAUCCUGAGCUCAAACCUUGAUUUGGAGAAAGUGAUCCUGCACUCUAACACUAGAAGACUAAGUUCAAGGGCUGAGCUAUGGACAUUCUCCUUCUUUGGAACCAACAGAUGCCUUUUUUUGGACACAGAUGGACACUAUUUGCAUCCACUAUAGAAAUGCUUUUGUAAUAUUAACUUGGUAACAAAGACAGACAUCCAGACUUUUAAGUGCAUCUAAUUCGGCUGCAACAAUGAUUUCUCUACUCAAGUUUGGCAAAUGCUACAAGCCCAGAAACUUAUUGGCAUCUUUCUGCUACUUGUAAAAGAUAGAAGGGCGGUUAAAAAAGCAAAGACUUCUAGGUUGUCUGCUUCAAAGUUAAUGUUUCAGAAAGCUAGGCAUGCCACUACAUGGAAUUGGCAGAGAAGUACAUACUAAAAGCCACCACCCAGUGCUUUGUAGUGUGCUCCAGUGAUAUAGUUCUGUUAAUCAUCACAGCAGGAAGGUUUUAGUAUCUCUUCCUGUCACCCCUAAACAAUUACAGGAGAACCUCCGUAUUCACACGUUUUUGUGUAUCUGCGGUUGGGUGAUUGACACCCAACCUCAGCAUAUGCAGGGGGGGUGGGGGGGUGGGACCGCUCCACAGGAGGUUAAUUCUGCAUAUCCACGGGUUGCAGCCAGCUGGAAAUGACCAUGGGAGUCAUUUCUGGCCGCCAUUUUGUGAACAGAGCCAUUUUGUGGCUCAUUUACUCUAAAAGCCCUGUGAAAAAUUGAAGGGGAAAGCUGAAAAAUUGACUAUUUCUGAAUUCUGGGAGGCAUUGCUGGAUCGUUGGAGGCCUGCAGAGCAUGGUAGGGUAUGUUGCCCUUUUAAACCUCCCUCCCCCCCCCCUUUUUUUUUUUGGUUGGGUUUUUGUCAGUUUCUGGCCGUCUGGGAAUUUAACCCCCGUGAUCCCAUUGCCCCAAUGACCCAGUAUUUGCGGUUUCUGUAUCCACAGUAAUUGUGGAGAAUGGAACCCCCAUGAAUACAGAGGUUCUCCUGCGAUGAAUUAAAAAUGGAUGACUCUGCACAAACUUAAAGACUGGUUCUCAGAACCAGCAAAAGGGUAGGACAAACAUCCUACCCGGCUUUGGGAACUGUGCACCCCGUUUUGUGAUCAUGUGCAAAUACAAAAACAAAGUAGGAGGCGCAGGAAAGCACCAUCUGCGAGGCUCACACUGGAUAGGAGAGUUCCAUCCUGCCUAACAGCUGUACCCAGCUGUUUAAUGAGGUAGGAGGAAAAGCCCUCCUACCCAACAACAGGCUAGCAGGCAAUCAUUUCCUCCUACCUUCUUCUUUUUCUUGUUAAGCACACAAUCACAAAACGGGAACAUGCACAGCUCCCAAAGCUGGGUGGAACGUAACAGUCAUGAGAGCAGGCCUGUAGUGUCUUAACUGCAUCCUUGUUGCUGGACAUUUUCCUAUUUGGCACCAUACUGCUAGAUCCAUUUCUGGGUCUGGGCAUUUCAGAUGGCUGACUAAAAAUCUCCAGUAAAAUAUCAAAGAUUUUGGAAAGAAGGGAGGAGAACGUUGCCCAUCAAGUUCUCUGGACAGAAAGGUUAUUCCUAAUUAACCCGAUAGGAGUGAAAUGAAGUUUUCAUGCAGCAGCCGGAUUCUAAUCUGUUAAGUGUACCCUUGAAAUGUUCAUUGCCAAAUGGACAGGAUCAAGACCUACUUUUCUGUUUGGUAGACGAAAGAAAACUAGGAGAAGCAGGAAAUGACAUCAGUGUCGUGUCAACAGGUAGGUGCUAAUCAAAAGGCGACACACUAUUGGUGGGCCCUCUUAGCAAACCAUUUGGGAACCGCUGGAGAUGUUACCUUAGGAAGAGCAAAUGGAAGAGAAGGAGGACUGGGUGAUGGAGUUGUGAACUUGUACAUGUACUGUCUCUUUCUCCGAGACUUUUAUAAUAUAUCCACUUGAUACCUAUGCUUUCACUUGCGUCUUUCACCUCCUUUUUUCUCCACUUUGUUUUCUUUCUAAAGGAAACCAUCAAGCUGGCUCUUGAGUUUCACUUUAACAUAACUUGAGUGCCACAUUUCUUUUAAAAUGCAGCCAAAUAUAAGCUAUGUGCAAACAUUGCAGCACCAAUUUGGAUAACCAAUCAUGCACAUACACACACCCCAAGACAUUAUAUUUUGUAAAACAAAUCUAACUUUAUUUCGAUAGCAGAUCAAAUACAUAAAUUAAGAUUUGUAAUACAUGUUUUCAGGAUAGAAUCCUGACAUCAGCUUUUAUUAUUAUUUUUUAAAUAGGACAGCAUCCAGACUAGAUCUGAUCAGAUUUUACUGUUAUAUGGCCAUUGACCCAGGGGCGUAGUGAGUUUUGGCAAUGGCCCCGGGACAGCUCUUUUUAAUCUACUGGCAUGGGGAUGGAGAGGGUGUUAUGGAGGAAAGAGGAGAGAGAUGGAAGUGGGCACAGAGAAGGAGCUAUGGCAAUGGGGGAAAUGCCCCCCCCCCCCGCAAAAAACACACACGAUCAAUGCCAAAGCUAGCUUCACCACAAAUGCCAGUGGGCAAGUGGGUGGGUGCCGUGACCUAUUGCGGGCACUAAGCCCAAACCCUCUACAGCUUGGAACCAGCCCUGGAAUAAGUGUAGCAUAUCCACUAACUAGAAGCCACCUAAUGGCGCGACUAGCAAGCCAGAGGUUGCCGGUUCGAAUCCCCGCUGGUAUGUUUCCCAGACUAUGGGCAACACCUAUAUUGGGCAGCAGUGAUAUAGGAAGAUGCUGAAAGGCAUCAUCUCAUACUGUGUGGGAGGAGGCAAUGGUAACCCCCUCCUGUAUUCUACCAAAGACAACCACAGGGCUCUGUGGCUGCCAGGAGUCGUGAUGGCACAACUUUACCUUUAUCCACCAACCAUCACCAACACCUUGAAAGUGACAUACAAAGUAUUCUAAACAUCACCACGUAGGGCCACAACACUGACUCGUAUUUGCAGCUACCUGCUGAAUCAAGUCACUGAUUUCUGCUCUCACGUUCACAUUCAAUCCACCACAACCUCCAGCGCUCCUUAAAAGUGACUUGUAAGGUCAUCUUGCUAGGACUCCCCACCAAUUGUAAGGCCAAAAACUGGGCUGUGUUUUCUUGUGCCCAACGUGCUUUCUGAAAAAGCUCUGCAGUUGCUGGGAAUUAGGUCUGCUUUAAUUAUCUGCCUUUUUUUAAAAAACAAAAGAUAAAAAUAUUGGAAUAUUUAAGACAUGUUAUUUCUGUUAAUAUUGCAAUAACCAUAUUAUAAUAAUGUGAAAUUAAAACAAAUGUUGGCUCUGUGGCCAGUUCCACUGUAA